AUGGUUCCAUCCACUGCCCUAGACGGCGUCAUACCGCUCAUCUGGGAUGAAGAUAUCCGCUCUCCACCGUGUGCCGUCGCCCCCCAUGUGAAACCUUCGACCGUUGACCUUCGCACCCUACAGUUACAGGUUCUUCCUUCCACCGACCUUCGCACCCUACAGUUACAGCUCUUGGAUCCAACCAACCUUACAAAUCUUUUCUCUAUCACCAAGUUCCUUGGAUUGUUAGCUACUGGAACUACAGCUGAUGCAAAGACAUUGGUUCCACAGGCAAGAAAUGAAGCAACUGAGUUUCGUUGUAAAUAUGGCUAUGAGAUGGUUGUUUAUGUAUUAGCAAGAUGGAUUGCUGACAAAUCACAAGUUUAUACUCAACAUGCUUACAUGAGACCACUUGGAGUAGUGGCUAUGUUGUUGGGUAUUGAUGAUGAGAAUGGGUCUAAACUCUUCAAAUGUGAUCCAACAGACUGCAAUUUCUGCUUUGCAAUGAUGCAAUCUGUUCUACAAGAAGACUACAAGGCCAAUGAGAUUGAGGUUGCAAAUACCGGUUUGGAGCUGAACCAUCAGAAGUGUAUCUAUUUCAAAUCGUUGUUUGUUGCUUUCUUUCCAUUUCUAGGGCAAAAACAGGUGACUGUCUCUGUUUCUGAUUUCGUUCUUCAUCUGCUAAUUUCAUCGAUUUCUUUUUCUAUUACGUUGGCAGUGAUAACAAAUUAG